AGGCAACUUCACGCGCCCAGUACUCUACGCAAAAACAGCGCGAUUUACUUAUAGAACUUGUUUGUGACAGAAAACACAUUGUAUGUGAUAGAAACCUCGAGCACAAGAUUACCCAGCAAAAGAAAGAAGCCUGGAAAGAAAUCACUUAUCUUUUUAAUGCUGCCUCUGUCGGCGACAAAAGGACGGAAAAGCAAGUUCGGAAGAUGUGGGAGCGACUAAAGGGAAAGAAAAAACAGCAGCAGGCAAUGCAAAAAAAAGAGUUGCUCAAGACACGGGGUGGUGUUCCUGCAAAAGAUGUAGAUGACAGACAGACAGCCAAAGUAUAUGACAACAUAUGUGAUGAAGUAAGAGAUCUUGAUAAUGUGUUCGACAGCGAUUCUCUUACUGCCUCUCAUAAUUCUGCUCAGUUGCAAAUACCCCCAGAUGAUACUCAAGUACAUGUCUCAAGUGUGUAUACGGCUGAGGAUUUGGAAGACCUUCGACCAAGUUCUUCGAACAGUAGCAGACAGUCACCCCUACAAACUGAUGUUGAACAAAAAGCGAAAAAAAGGAAAAAAGAAUGGAAAUUCAGCCCAGCUGCUGAAUGCUAUGAACAGUCCCUAAAGAUGCAUGAAAGAGAGCAUGAAAUGGACAUGAAAAUAAAGGAAGCUCAGUUAGAGGGCGCACAAGAGUUUAUUGUAGCCUGUAAAAGUAUCAAACACUUUGCCGAAAGUGCUACUCAGGCAAUUAAAGAGGCUGCAAUUGCAGUACAAGAGGCAGCCAAGGCAAUUUCUGGGAAGUAAUGAUUUUUUUUCUUUGUUAAAGUAUGACAAUACAAAGUUACAGAUUUCUUUAUUCAUAAAUUCAUCUGUAUAAAUAUUUAUUUACUUUACUACAGUUUUUUUUUCUGUUGCAUAAGUAAUUAUAGAUUUGUACAUUUAUAUUUAGUGCCUGAUGGCAGCAGAAAUUUGAUUUAGAAGUAAUAUAUUGAUUUUGUUUGUUGUCUUGUUUUAGUAUUAAUUACAUAGCUUUAUCAAGACACCUUUAUAAAACCAAUAUAUAUAUUUUUUGAUGUAUAAAGAUGAUAUUAAAAAUA